CCUGCUGACUGAGCUGUGGUCAGGCCGCCACGGGUAACCCUGUUCUGGCAGGCUCCCCCAGCCAGAUGUCAUCUUUCCAGGAGUCAGCGUGAAGUCGACGUAAACUGGCCAGAAACGCUGUUCCACACACAGCGCGGAUCCAGAUCACGCUUGCAUAUCCGAGUGGUUCAGCAGUGAGCCAAGCUGUUGUUUGUGGCCAUAGAAAUCAUGGUCAGCCAGAGUUAAGCGUGCAGAUAUCUGUGCUCCUGGGGCUACGUACCAUGUACCACAAAAGCUGCCAACUGCCUGGGUGCUGCUCACCUUUCUCAGAGCUCCCCCCACUGUCAGGUGAAAGCUGACUGUAGUUGUCGGGCUCCUGACAUUCGCCUUAUGAGCUUCAUCAUUCCACCUCUCUGCUGGCUCCCCUUGCUCUGGAUGGGUGGUUUCAGGUGCAUUUAUGUUCCCUGUUUCUGUUCCUGCCUGCUGUAGUCCUAGACUAUCCUCACUGCCUAUUUCCUGAGCUGCAUUCCUGAUUAUCAUUGCUCUUCUGCCACCGUAGGCCUAGUUGAAGCAUCCAGUCUUUUGUUUCUUUGUUUCCUGCUUGAAAUCAGCUGCUUCUGCGCUUGUUUCAACUGCAAUAGCAUCUUGUUCCCAGCUAUGGUUUGCAUUACAGGCUCCCUGAUUUCAAAGCCCUCAGGCCGACUUCUGACUCCACUCCUUUCACCUUGCUCGUUGGAUUCGUGGAUCUUUUUGUACUUCCAUUGGCAUUGACUUCUGCUUUUUAACAUUAUUCCAGUGCUACUGUUGCCUUGUCUAUACCUGACAGAUGCUUUCCAGUCUCAGCUGAGACUCCCUGAAGGGAUUCAUAAAAGUGUGCUGAGAAGAGAGAUGCCUCAGGCUGCAGUCAGACAUGGCUGCUGACCCUCAGGAGGAGCAGAUUGCUCCUUGUGUGCUGUGGUGCCCUCUCAGGAGGGAAUGACACGCCCUCAGAUCUGCUAACGGAACAGACCAUUGCUUCCUAACCCUUUUCUGACACAGUGUUCCAUGUUAAAAAUGUCUAGUCUUCAGUCUUGUUGCUAACCUGGAUUGCUGUGACAGAACCGGACUGCACACAAAAUUACAUUUUCACCAGUGGCUGCUGCACUCACUGGGCAGAGUGGAGCUCCCUCUUUUGCUUGAGAAGGAAUGUGAACUUAAUACCAGGGGAGAAAAAUAUUUCAGCCAUUUUACUAGGAAGUGUUUAGGAUAUGUCGCCUGGAUACUCUUUCUGUUAGAUUCAUUCAAGUUUGCAAGGAAUAAUUAAGCAUUCAUUUUGGGAGAUGGGAGAAUGAGCACUGCUCUUUAGUCUUCUGAGCACUCACAUGGAGGAGGAGGAACCAAGAUUCCAUUCUUAGCUUCACUGAAUACUUAAUUUAAUGUAUUUAAAUGUUAAUUGGAGUCCUGGUGAGUGCCCUGAGCAUUAAGCUGCAGAAGUAUUGCUCAUUCUUGUCUUUUUCCUCAGCCCAAUUAAUAUUUAAUAACUCUGUGCAAAUUAGAACCACCCUACAGGAAUGAUGGAAACUCACUUCCCCUGCGGUGUUCUCCAACUUGCUGAUUAUUCAUGUGAGAAAGCCCUGUGUGAAUACUCAAACUGCUUACUGCUGUUGCCUCCCAGCAACAUUGCAAUGAGACGAGAUGUCCAAGAGGGCCAGGCUCGGUGUUUAUCUCGCCUAGGAAGGCACAAGGAGGCUCUGGAUAUUGCAGAAAAAUUGAGAAACGGCGCUACUAACACAGAUCACUUAACGACGGUUCUCAACCUGCAGUUUACCAUUUACCAGGGUCUAGAAAAUGUGGAAAGAAAGAUCACGUGUCUGCAGCAAUUGAUCUGCUUACAUCCUUUCAGCCCUUGGUACUGGAAGUUACUUGCUGAAGCUUAUAUGAGCCUUUUACAGAGUUUUUCUCCAUUAGUCAUUGCAGAAACAAAUCUAAAUCAGUCUGAAGAGGUUAGUGUAAGUGAUAGUAGUUUCAAAACAUCUACUGGAAGAGAGAUGAGUUUGCAGCCUCGCAGAUCAGAUGGCCAGAAAGAAGGCCCUUGGUCCAGCCUUGCUACAGAAACAAAGAGGGAGAAUGCAGUGGUGUGUAGGAGCGGCCAAGCUGUAGAAGAAUUCCUCUGCACUUUGGAGGAACCGGAAAAGAUGGAUGAAGGGAAACAUGUAGCCUCCAAGUCCUGGGAGCAGAACAUGUUGAAGAAAGUUGAGAUAAAGGCAUGUGCCUCGUUUAUUAGAGCAAGGCUUUUACUUCAGCUUACCCAGUUGCAACAGUUGUCCUUUGCGCUAGAGAAUAACAUAAAAAGUCAAGAAGAAAUUGAUGACAAAGUGGCCGGACUUGGUUUCAAUGAAGACUCCUUGCUGUUGAUGACCAAGGUUAUGGGGCAGGAUCUUAGACCGGAAAAACUAAAAGAGGAAUUUCAGGGUGAGGUAAAAUGCAUAGGCCCUUCAGUGCUGUCAUCGUUGGUAACUGCAUCAGCCACAGAAUUUGAAAUCAAAUGGUUUGGUAAUCUCCAAGAUGAUUUAUGUCACUUUGACAGACAAUUCUGUUCAGAUAUAUAUCUCCCACCUUCUGUAGCUUAAAGGUUUUAUUGUAUUUAUUUCAUAUAUCCAAAUGAUUAUGGAAUGAUGUAUGCAAUAAAGUUCAUAUUACAUUU